AUGACCUUAGAGUGUCCUGAGGAAGUGUAUGACCCCCGGUCACUCUAUGAAAGACUUCAGGAGCAGAAAGAUAAGAAGCAGCAGGAGUUUGAAGAGCAGUUCAAAUUCAAAAAUAUGGUCAGGGGCCUAGACGAGGAUGAGACCAAGUUUCUCGACGAGGUUUCUCGGCAGCAGACCCUCAUAGAAAAGCAGCGUCGAGAAGAAGAUCUGAAAGAACUGAACGAAUACAGAAGUUCUUUGUCAAAGGUUGGGGGAAGCGCUGACUUGAAAAAAGAGGCAGAGAAAAAGCUGCUGGUGAAGUCCAUGGAAAACAAGAACAAGUUCUCUCAGGCGAAGCUGUUGGCAGGUGCUGUGAAACACAGAAGUUCAGAAGGUGCCAACAGCGUGAAAAGACUGAAGCUCGAUCCUGAUCCCAACCCGGACGAGGCUCCAGAAAAGCCCUCUUGUCUUCCUCUGGGCAGCAGCUCCGCGAGCGAUCCCAUGGUCCACUGCCCCUCGGCGGCCGUGUGCAUCGGGAUCCUGCCCGGCCUCGGGGCCUACUCGGGAAGCAGCGACUCGGAGUCCAGCUCAGACAGCGAAGGCACCAUCAACUCGGCCGGCAAGAUCGUCUCCUCGGUAUUCCGCGGCAGCAGCAGCUUCUUUGAUGGCCCGUUGUAGGAUUGGCUCCGACUGCUUCGAUGCUUGGGUGGGAAGCCUCAUCCCCACCCUUCCUUUCAUCCUGGCCAUCCUCCACGCGGCCGACAUCAUCCGCCUCUAUUUUUCAGAUAAUAUCAAGCAGCAUACCGAAGCUGUCUUCUGUGGGUGUCUCUUUCCUUUAAGACUUAUCUUUGGUUCUGGGGAGAAGUAUUGUUUUUAUUGUAUAAUUGAGAAGAAGUAGAUGGCCAUGGUGCUGUAGCCGAGUUUUAGUGUUGCAUAUGAUUAAAGAAAUCCUGAGUGUGUUUCACCCGCCCCCCCAAGUUAAAAUCUUGGAUCCUGCCAGCACUUGAAGCCUUCCUGCGGCACUUGGUGGUGGUGGUGCCUCUUGUACGGAUCGGUGGUGGCCCAGCGGCUCCUCCAGUGCCUUCCCAUUUGUGUUCUGGGAACUUUUGCGAACUGUAGGGCUCCUUAUUAAGACCAGGAGCAAGGCUUUGCUCGUGGCCUGUGCUUCCAUGUACUCUGCAAAGUGUGGGAGCGACCACAAAAGCCCAGGCUGAUUGUGUGCAUGUCUGUAGAGCAGCCGUCCCCAACGUGGUGCCCACUUUGUUCUUCCCCCAGGCAUCUGUUCUGUAAACCAAAGAGCCAAUCUUGGGCUUUCCUGUGUGAAGGGGCGGAGUAUAAAUCCAAUCUCUUCUCUUCUUCUUCUUCUCUUAAUAAGAAGCCUGCUUUUAGCUGGCACAAUGAACUGCGAUUGCCUUGGAAUGAGGAUGUCUCCCAAGCACUGGUCUGCCCGUGAGUGGCAGAAGACCGUGGAGCAACCAGACUGGGGGGUGGGUCCCAUUCACAAAGCCUGAAUGCAGCCAUGGGACAUUGUGAGGGAGCCUCGGCAGCUGCUCUUCUCGUUCUGAAUGUGAGUGAUACAGGGAUAGGCGUGGCAGGAAUGUGUUUAUUCAGACAUUUAUACCCUCUUUCUUUUCCCCCACGGGGAUUCGAACCUCAGGCUCCC